AUGACUGUCACUAACUUUCCACCACUUUUGAGUGAAGAUGAUAUGCAAAAAUAUAAAGUUCCAUUGAAAUGGAGAGACAGAUGUGCAGCAUAUUUCGUUUUAUUCAAUACCUGUCUUAUCAGACAAAGUGCUAACUCAUCAGUUGAUUGUUCAGGUGAUAAACAUAGUUGGGAAGAAUGUGAAAACUUAGAUUUAAUCAGAAGAACUAAACAAUUAAAUGAUAAAAAAGAAGAAUUGAAAAAUCAAGAUUAG